CUUCAAUUUCCCAAUGCAAUAACAAAAACAUCGAUAACGGAGUUCUGCUUGAACCUAUCAUCUUUGGUUUUCUGUACCUCUUCAAGCUCUUAUAAGAUGCACUCAUUUGAGAUCAAACCAUUCAGUUUGUUGGUCAUAGACGAAGCAGCCCAGUUGAGGGAAUGCGAAUCUAUCAUACCGCUUCAGCUACAAGGCCUGAAGCAUGCAAUUCUUGUAGGUGAUGAAUGCCAAUUACCUGCGAUUGUGCAUAGCAAAGUGUCUUCUGAAGCUGGAUUUGGAAGAAGCUUAUUUGAAAGGUUAAGUUCAUUGGGCCAUUCAAAGCUCGUGCUGAAUAUGCAGUAUCGAAUGCAUCCAGCAAUAAGCCACUUCCCAAAUCUGAGUUUCUAUAACCAGCAAGUCAUGGAUGCUCCAAAUGUGCAGAACAAAACCUAUGAGAGGCAGUAUCUUCAAGGAAGAAUGUUUGGACCAUAUUCAUUUAUUAGUGUCCCCAAUGGAAAAGAAGAAUUGGAUGGUUUCGGCCAUAGCAGAAGGAAUAUGGUUGAGGUUGCUUUAGUACUUAAGAUAGUGCAAAACUUGUACCGAUAUUGGCGUAACACGAGAAAUGAACUUAGCAUUGGUGUUAUAUCUCCAUACGCUGCUCAAGUAGUUGCUAUCAAAGAAAAAAUUGGCAAAAGGUAUGACAACCUGAAUGGCUUUGCAAUUAAGGUGAAGUCUAUUGAUAGUUUCCAAGGUGGUGAAGAGGAUAUUAUAAUAUUAUCCACUGUGAGAUCUAAUCGUGAUGGCACUAUUGGUUUUAUGUCCAAUUUGCAAAGAACAAAUGUUGCCCUGACCAGAGCCCGACACUGUUUAUGGAUUCUGGGAAAUGAAAUGACACUAGAGAAUAGUCAUUCAGAGUGGGAAGGUUUAGUUCUAAAUGCAAAGCAGCGCCAGUGCCUCUUCUCUGCUUCUGAGGAUAGUGAUCUGUCAAAAACUUUUUUGGAUGUAAAAACAGAACUGAAUCAACUUGAGGAUUUGCUUAAUGCUGAUAGCAUCUUGUUCAAAAAUCAGAGGUGGAAGGUUCUAUUGAGCGAAGAUUUCAAAAGAUCAUUUAAAAAGUUGGUGUCAUCCCAUCUUAAAAAAGCAGUGCUAACUCUUCUACUUAAGCUGGCUAGUGGAUGGAGACCCAAGAGAAAAAGCAUGGACCGGAACUGUAACAGGUCUUCACACAUUAUAAAACAGUUUAAUGUUGAAGGGCAGUACAUAAUAUGCACUGUUGACAUCCAGAAGGAGUUGCGGUACAGUCAAAUUUUAAAGGCAUGGGAUUUAUUGCCCUUAGACAAGGUUGAAAGAUUAUUGGGACGCCUUGAAAGCAUAUUCGCUACUUAUACUGAAGAUUUUAUUAAUUUGUGCAAGCAGAAAUGCCAGCAUGGUGACUUGGAAGUUCCUAUAGUUUGGCCAGCAUCUUUUGAUUUGGUAAGGUUCAAGAAUCUUAAUGAAAGAUUUGCAAAAGGCUUGAAUGACAGUGGGGUGGAUGGUGGAGGUUACAUUGAAACUUCAAGAGUGAGUGAAAGCUUACUCUUGAUGAAGUUUUACUCCUUAUCAUCUGGCAUUGCCAAUCAUUUGCUCUCUGACAACCUUGGAGAAGAAAUUGAUAUCCCUUUUGAAGUGUCCGAUGAGGAGAGGGAGAUCAUUAUGUUUGAAAAGAGCAGUUUCAUACUGGGGAGGUCGGGAACAGGAAAAACAACUGUUUUGACAAUGAAAAUGUUUCAAAAGGAGCAACAACAUCAUCUUGCCUUGGAGGGCAUCACAACAGAUAAUAAUGAGAUAAGCAAGUAUACAGGAAAAAGUAGGUUUUCAAGAGCUGAGAUUACAAGUAGUCAAUCUGAAGUUGACACCAAGACAAAUACCUUAAGGCAGUUGUUUGUUACCGUUAGUCCAAAGCUUUGCUAUGCUGUUAAACAACACGUUUCUCAUUUGAAAUGCUUUGCACAAGGUAAGAAAUUCUCUGAUGACUAUGGUAGCUUGAUGGAUAUGGUGGAUGAUUUGGAUGGACUGUCCCAUUUUAAAGACAUUCCAAAUACUUUUGUUUCCAUUCCAGAGAAAAAAUAUCCCCUUGUCAUAACAUUUCGGAAGUUCUUGAUGAUGCUGGAUGGGACAGUAGGAUCUUCAUACUUCAACCAUUUCCAAGACAAAAACACACUCUCUCUGGAUAUAUCUAGUUCAGUCACUGUGGAAGCUCUCAUAAAAAGAAAAGAGGUUAAUUUUGACCGCUUUUGUUGCUUGUAUUGGCCUCGCUUUAACUCCCAGUUGACAAAGAAUCUUGAUGUUUCAAAGGUGUUUACUGAAAUCAUUUCACAUAUAAAAGGGGCAUUCCAAGCGUGUGAGGAAAGUGAUGCAAAACUCAGCCGUGACAAAUAUAUUUCAAUGUCUGAUAAAAGGAUUUCGACUUUGAAUGAAAAGAAGAGGGAGGCAAUUUAUGAUAUCUUUCUGGAUUAUGAAAAAAUGAAGAAGAAAAGAGGUGAAUUUGAUUUCGCUGAUUUAGUGAAUGAUAUCCAUCUACAGUUGAAUGAGGAAAACUGGGAGGGUGACAAAUUGGACUUUGUGUAUAUUGAUGAGGUUCAAGAUCUCACUAUGAGACAGAUUUUACUGUUCAAGUAUGUUUGUCAAAAUGUUGAUGAAGGCUUCAUAUUUUCUGGGGAUACAGCCCAGACCAUUGCUAAGGGGGUGGAUUUUAGGUUUGAAGAUAUCCGAACUUUGUUCUAUGAGGAGUUUGUCAUGAAACAGAAAUGGGGUAUGCAUGUCACAGAAAAAGGCCACAUAGCCAAGGUGUCUUGUUUACUGCAGAACUUUCGUACACAUGCUGGUGUUCUUAAGCUUGCCCAAAGUGUGAUUGAUAUUCUUUAUCACUAUUUCCCUCUAUCUAUUGAUGCUUUGGCACCAGAGACUAGCCUAAUAUAUGGUGAGGCUCCAGUACUCCUGAGACAUGGGAGCAAUGAAAAUGCUAUUGCAACUGUCUUGGGUAACAGUGUGGGCAUUAGCUCGAAAGUGGCAGGCUUUGGAGCCGAGCAAGUCAUAUUGGUACGUGAUGAGUUUGUUAAGAAGGAAGUUGCUGAUCUUGCUGGGAAGCAAGCACUUGUUCUAACUAUACUUGAAUCCAAAGGAUUGGAGUUCCAAGAUGUACUACUUUACAACUUCUUUGGUUCUUCGCCACUCGGAAAUCAGUGGAGAGUGGUAUAUGAUUUUAUGAGCACCAAACGUCUAGAACUGGUUGACAUGAGAUUUUUGGAGAGCUUUCCAUGUUUUACUGAAGAAAGGCAUGCUGUUUUGUGUUCUGAGUUGAAGCAGCUAUAUGUGGCAAUAACGAGGACAAGACAAAGAUUAUGGAUCUGUGAAAGUGUUGAAGAGUUUUCAAAACCUAUGUUUGAAUAUUGGGAAAAAAUGGGCCUCGUGGAAGUGAGAGAUCUUGAUGAUUCUUUUGUGCGAGCUAUGCGCAAGGCAAGCACUCCAGAGCAGUGGAAGGAUAGGGGAAUAAAACUCCUUUGGGAGAAGAACUAUGAAAUGGCUAUCAUCUGUUUUGAAAGGGCGGGAGAGAGGGCCUUAGAAAAACAAGCUAAAGCUUGCAAGCUUAGGAAUGCUGCUGACCGAUUGCAGGAAUCGAAUCCGAAGCUGUCUUGUACCUACCUUUGGGAAGCGGCUGAAAUAUUUGAGUCUAUAGGAAAGUUUCAGUCUGCAGCUGAAUGUUUUUGUGACUUAAGGGAAUUUGUGAGGGCAGGAGAGAUUUAUUUGAAAAAAUGUGGUGAGCAUGCACAAAUGCAAGUGGCAGAGUGUUUCACAUUGGCAGGAUGUUACGAGACUGCAGCAGAGAUAUACGCAAAGCAAAACUGUCUGUCAAAGUGUUUAGCAGUUUGCAGCAAAGGGCACCUCUAUGAAAAGGGAUUUAAAUUUGUAGAAAACUGGAAACCUGGUGUCCAGUAUAAUGGUAAAGAUGAUAGAGGGAAAGAAAUAGACAGAAUCAAACAGGAAUUUCUUGAGAGUUGUGCAUCUAAUUACUUCCAGUGGAAUGCUAGGACAUCAAUGAUGAAGUUCGUCAAAGCUUUUAGGUUAAUGGAUGAUAAGCGCCAGUUCUUGAAAACUAGGAAUUGUAUGGAUGAGUUGUUUUUGCUUGAAGAAGAAACGGGAAACUUUGUUGAAGUUGCAGAACUUGCAAAACUGAAGGGAGAUCUCUUAGUAGAGGCAGAACUUCUUGGUAAAGCUGGAAAUUUCUGCAAUGCAACAUCACUAAUCCUGUCCUAUGUGCUAGCCAAUUCUUUGUGGGGGCAUGGAUGCGAGCCAUGGCCCUUGAAGUCUUUUGAUUCUAAGAAGGAACUCUUGAACAAGGCCGGCUCAUUUGCCAGGAACGAACCUGAUCUUUUCUAUGAAUCUGUGUGCACUGAAGCCAUGGUGUUAGAACAUGAGCGAAGAAAUUUGUGUGAAUUGAGGUGUGCUUUAAGUGCAUCACGAAAGUAUGGGAGUCUUAGCGGUGAAAUUUUAUGUCUUAGAAAGAUUAUUGAUGUUCACACUGAGACUGAAGCCCCAGCUUAUUCCUGGCAAGAUGAGUUUCCGGUUGACCUGAAGUUCCCAAAUGAUACCAUGUACAGUAACCAGCUCUCUGUUGGAACUCUGUGUCACUUUUGGAAUCUAUGGAAGGGAAACUUGUUACAAGUUCUUGAGUCUCUUAAGUGUCUUAAGAUGAACCAUGAUUUUGGAAAAUACAAAGACUUCGGCAACUUCUGCUUGAACUAUCUUGGUGUGAGGCGAAUGUUCACUGAUCUGAAAGCCAGCUAUACGCUGUUAAUCCCUGAUGCUGAAUGGGUUACAAAUGCGAGUCAGACUUUCAUGAGGCAGAUGGAAAAAAUGGUCUCAAUUGAUGAGCAACAUUACAUAACUGCUGCACAGAGAUACUGGCAUAAUGAAGUGCUCUCUGUGGGUCUAAGUUCUAGUUGUGGCUUCUUUUACACAACAAAGUCCUCUUUCCUAGAGUGGUUGAUGUAUCAAAAACCUGGUACUUGUGUGAUUCCCAGCUUUUCAACUGAAUUACCACAUGGUAAAAAAUAUGUCUAUUAUGAGUCUAUCGUCUCCAUGGUGGAAGAGCUCCUUGUCAAGAGAAAUGAUACUGGUUUGUGGAUUGAGAAAUCAGGAAUUAAAACCCCUGACUAUCAUAGGUUGCUGGAUUUUAGGUUGGUACUCAUUCUCUGCUCAGUCUACAUUAACUCAGAGGAAUCUUUGGAUGUUCUCAAUAAAGUGUUAAAUAUGCACCAUAUUUUGUCCGAGCUACCGAGAGAAUUCACUCAAGCUUUCAUGCAAACUUUCAUGGAUAGAGGAAAAGUUGCUGAAGCUCUCCAAGCAAUAGGAAAUCCUGUUUUCCUUUUGUGCUUGAAUGAAACCACUCCAAAAGUCUGUCCUCCCAAUGUUAUUCUCAUACAAUUGGAGAUAGAUUCAUGUAGAGAGGACAUCAUGGAAAUGGUAUUCCCAAAAAGGGGUCAAGUCGUUGAAGUGCCUGAGAAGAAGUCAUGUUGUUCGCUUACCCCGAGUGGAUGCCAUGGGAAGAAGAGUGAAAAGGAAAGCACAUUGCAAAUGAAAUGGUGUGUAUUAGAUGAAGAAGCAUCAAUAUCCCAUUAUUCAAAGGAGGACUUGGAUGAAUGUAUAAGGUUCACAACUGCAGUGGCUAACUAUUUGUCUGAAAAGGAUUUGGCUUCUUGCGGGGUAGACACAACUAUAUGUGUAGAUAUAGAAAGCAUGAUUCAAGAACUUAAGCAACUGUCUGAUUAUUUGGAUACAAGUUACCCUAGGGAGGAACAUAAAGAAAACAUUGGGGAAGUGCAGAAGAGGCUGCUUUUGAGGAAGCCGAUAGUGGAAGGUUUGUUCAACAGCAUUGUUGUGGACAAAGAUAGUGGUGAGGUUGUGUUUGCAGAAUCAGAAGGAUAUAAUAAACAUACAAAUGCAAAUGCAACUUCUUAAGUUUGUGCACUAUCUUUUGAGGGAAUUUUGGAAGGAAAAUGCUAAGGAAAGAAAAAGAAACCAAAAUU